GAUCAUAUUUGUGCCUACCAGGUUGCGCUGCAGAUUUCCAGAUGUCAUGGGUCAAAACAAAGCUUCCGCCAUCGGAAUAUUUUCUAAUAAAACACAUCUAUCCAUGAGCAACUAGACACUUUUCCUGGAUUCUGUUGUCUUCUGCACAUCACAGAAUGAAGAACGUAUAUAUACCUGCCCACUGUUCCGAUAAAAACAGAACUGCAGCUGUGGAUUAGCCAAUACAUUAUUCUAAUUAGCCUGCUCCAAUAGAUAAUGAUUUGAAAACAAAACAAACAAAAAAACAGCAUCUGUGUCCCUUUAAAUAUUUAUCAGCAGUGCACCUAAGUUUACAGCCAGGCAGAGAACUGUGCCAGAAAACAGUCAGACAUCUAUUUCCACUGUCUGGGUAUCCUCAGUGUGAUAAAGAUUUGCAGCUGAAGUGGAAACUAAACCAAAAGAAAAUACUGACUAUUGGAAGCAUUUUGCUAGGCUGUGAGAGCUCCCCAGCAGCAGAAAAGGCUUUUUAUUUUUGUUUAUGUCCUGUUUGCCUACAUUAACUGGUGCUAAAUCUCAGGAAUUGCGCUGCAGGCAAUACAUAUGGAGCAUCAUGCCAAAUAAUUGGGGAGAAUCAAGCUUAAUGCAUGUACUGAUAGAUACGGCUGAUAGAAUCAAGUCAGAUAAUACCCAUAACAUUUAGAUCUAUUGCUUUUUUGGCCGUGUUGUUGAAGUGAUUAUUUGUUAUGUUCCAGCCCUCUGUGUCCCACGGCUUAGCUCUGAUCUCAGGAAACUAUGCGGUGCUGCCUUCUGUUUGCAUUCUAUUCCUGUAGCUGUGAGCUAUGGUGAUAUCAUUCAGCUCCGGCUGGGAUACACGUGUCAAGUUAAAGCAAUGACUAAUCAGGAUAUUUACUAUAGUCUUCUAAAUUUGGUAAGUCCAUCUGUAACCCGCUGCGAAUCAUUUGAUGUUUAAACCAAUGCGUACAAUUGGAAAGACAAAAGGGUCAUCCGAAAGAACGUUACAAGGCACAAGCUGAACUUGUUUAUAACCCGUCGGGGGGCUGGAUACUAUCACUCAGCAGAGAUGAUGCCUGCAGGAAAGAGAGACUGCUAAUGCUUUCUGGACAGUACGUCUCAUCAUUAUAUUCAAGCUUCUGACGGCAAAGCCACGGUAUUCAUUUUUUUUUACAAGUAUUGCAGCUGGAGGUGAGAAAAGAAAAAGAACUAACCGGCCUGUUAAAAUGAUUCAUUAAGCACGUUAUUGACAGGGGCUGAAAUUGCAUCAGGCUUUUACUGUACUAGGAAGAACUAUUGCUAAAGUUACACAUUUCUUUCCUUCUUGCUUACGCUCAUUAUGCAUCAUGAGUUAUUUUUUGGCUUAUCGCAAGUCCCAUCGUGGGAUGGUGUUUACUCAGUACCAGAUGCUCAGAGCCCAGAGACAACUGUGCGAUGUUUCUCUCAUAGUGGAUGGGAAUGAAUUCCCCGCACACAAGUCCCUGCUUGCUUGUUCAAGUGAUUAUUUCCGAGCUAUGUUCAAGGACUAUACUAAAGAAUCGAAGGCCACGGUCAUCCACCUUAAAGUGAUCUCGACCACGGGCCUGCAAAACAUUCUGGAUUUCAUCUACACUUCAUGGCUGUCUCUUUCAUUGAACACUUUGGAGGAUACUUUGGAAGCUGCCAGUUAUCUCCAGGUCCUGGAUGCCAUACCCUUGUGCAGUCAGUUUCUCAUUAACACGUGUGACUUGGAAAGCUGCUGUUUUUCUGCCAAUAUUGCAUCCAAGUUUUACCUGACCGACACAUUGACCGAGGCUGAAAAAUACAUCAUUAAUAAUCUCUGGAGGCUGUUACAGGAAGACUUGCAUGACACUGAGUUGCUUGAAUUAAAUGUAAAAUCAAUGGUAAAUAUUAUAAAGUCAAAUGAUAUCCCUAGGGUUUCUGAGAAAUGCCUUUUGACUCUAGUGCUGAACUGGCUCCAAUACGAUCAUAGUAGACUUGCUUAUGCUAAAGUGCUCUUUGACAAUAUUCGAUAUGGACUGCUGCCACUGGAUAAAUUACGCAAACUCUAUACUCAGACUGAUGUACCUCUGACAGCAUCCAUUAAAUGUAUGAUUAUCAAAGCAAUCAAUUACCAUUCUGUUCCUUCAAAGCAACCCCUUUUGCAAGAUAAAUACAGCACCCUGAGAAAUCAGAAGGGAUGGAUAAUGCUCGUUGGAGGGACUGCGAACGGCACCUUUGUUGAAAACGUGCUUGGAUUUGAUGUGUACAGCCACAAAUGGCGUUCAGUAACCAGCCUACCCCUCAAAGUUCAGCAUCACUGCACCUGUGUAAUUGGAAACUUCCUUUUUGUAGUCGGGGGAGAAACUCCAGAAAGGUCACAGAAUGGUACCAAGGAUUCCUCGUUAUCUAUAACGAAUAUUGUUUAUCGGUAUGAUCCAAGGUUUGACCAAUGGCUACAAGUUUCUGGUAUGUUAGAGAAUAGGGCCCAGUUCUCCUCUUGUAUCAUUGAUAACUACAUAUUUGCAAUAGGUGGCAGAGGUGAUCAGCAGACAAUUUUAUCAUCUGUGGAACUCUAUGAUAUUAACAGAGAUACGUGGACAAAGUCUAAAGAUUUGCCAUUUAAGAUGCACGGCCACGCUAGCACUGUGCAUAACAAUAUCAUUUACAUUUCAGGGGGCAAGACUGAUACUCAAGUCAACAGCAGUAAGGAUGUCUAUUCAUGGAACAGGUUAGAGGGCCAAUGGAAAAAGCAAGCUCCUAUGAGCAUCGCAAGGUUCGGGCAUCAAAUGGCUACCGUGAAAGAUGCGAUCUUUACAUUUCUUGGAAUUUAUGAGCCAUUUUCAGACAUAGAAAAGUAUGAUCCCAAACACAAUCAAUGGACCCGCCUGAGGCCGUUGCCUUUUGAUCGAUUUUGCUAUGGCUUGGUCGUGGUGGAGCAAACGGUUCUUCUUCUUGGAGGCAAAAAGUGGCAAGACUCUCAAGAGGUGCCAACUCAGAAUAUUGUAGGUUAUGACACAGACAAUGACUGCUGGGAAGAAAUAUGUAGUCUGGCUUUUCCUUUUAGUGGUUUACAGUGUUCAGUUCUGCAACUGUCAGAUGUAACAGAAAACGAUGAGAAAUGCUCUAAAGCGUAUGCUCGAAAAAAAGGACAAUAAGGUCAGGUAGAGAGCUUGAAAAUGUACAGUAUAAACUAUAAAAUAAAAUACAGUAUAAGCUAUUAAAUAAAAAUUAAUGUUUGAUAAUGAAGUAAUUGGAAAGAGUUGCAAAAGGUUGUUGCAAAUGGAAGAAAAUACAUCCUACAAUAUUUACUAUUCACUUUUUCUUUUUACUUCAGCCUCUCUAAAGUUAUACAUUGCUAAAUGCAGAAUCAACACUGCUUUGCCCCCAUAUACAAAGUUAUCUCAUGUAUUUGGUUUAAGGUGGCAUUGCAUGGGCUGACUGACCGCUAAGACUGUGGGUAGUGAUGAGCAAAGUUUUUCGCCAAGUUUCCCAGCGAAAAUGACGCACAUAGAUGCCAAUGGGUGAAAAAAAUUGUUGCACAUCAAAAAUGUU